CAAAGGCUGGCUGUAUAAAUGGACUAACUACUUGAAGGGCUACCAACGCCGGUGGUUUGUCCUUAGCAACGGCCUUCUGUCAUAUUACAGGACUGCCGCUGACUGUAUGAUGUUUGUUUGUCACACACUGCCGUGCGUGAAAAGCACAGGAGCCCGGCCGUUUCUGAGAUACUGGAAUCAGCGCGCAUGGCACCGACGAUCAUACCACGCUCUGUCGCUUAGGUCACUCGUUUUGCCCAUUCUAGCCAUACUGUUCACAUUUUUGUGAACAGGAUGUUGUAACUAAUAAACUGACCAAUGAGUCUAUAUUUAUGGUUGCAUAUAUGAUGACAUUUGCACAUUUCAUGUAGAUAAUUGUUAUAGAUGAAGCUGUGAAUAAUAUUUUAGGUGAGAUUCAUUUUGGAAGAGAUUUCUUUUUGUGGGUGGGGGGUUAUUUUACAGGAAUGACUGUCAGCGCGUACGACACUGCAUAUCUAUGUAGCAACCUACGAGACCCACCUAGGUCGUUACAUUUCUUUAUGAUGUAUAAGAUGUCUGACACGUUUUAUCUGAUGCUUUAGAACGUGUGGUCCUCUAAUUCAGUAACGACCUUCACAGUUGUUAGGCACAGUUCCCUAAAACCAGUUAAGAGGGAUGUCAGCCAGACUGUUAGGCACUCAUUGUGAGGUAUUUGUCAGAGGUGUGUGUAGACACACUUGGACAUCACCACUUUCCCUGGCUGCCCUACAGUGUUUGAUGGGAAUGCAUGACUGCUCUGCCAUGUGUGUUUAUGUCACUGAACUCUUGAGUACCAGCACAGAAUAAAGAGUUAAAUGCCCUGGCAUAACCAACGCAUGCACAUUGCACUGACAUGCACACACAAAUACACUGCCAAGCACUCACAUUGGCUAUGCUCAAGUAGGUGCAGGUGUAACAAACCAUGAGAUACUGUACUCCUAUGAAAUAUAAAUAAUUGCAUGUGUGUGUGGCUGGAUUUGUGUGGUGUGCAUGUGUGUGUGCCGUGUUGUGACAUUUCUGUCUCUGUAGAACUAGAUUUAGUCAGCAGAAUCUUCCCUUGUCUCUGUGUGUGUACGUGUGUUGGUGUGUGUGCGUCUCUGUGCAUUAGGACUCAGGCAGAGAUGGCCCACACUUGCCGUGGCACCAUCUCCCUGACCACGGCACACAUUGAAGUGGGUGACGCGUGCCACCUGGUGCUAACCAGCGGAGGGCGGAGCUACCACCUGAAGGCCACCUCAGAUGGGGAGAGUCAGCGCUGGGUCUCUGCCCUCCAACAGGCUAAGGCCAACGCCAGUCACAUGAUGCACCAAUCAGAUGACUCUGGAGACGAGGCCCCUGUGCCGCAGCCUGACCGAGCCCUGACCCAGGGGGCUCUGAAGACCCUUGCCAGUAAGCUGGACGACCUGAGCACCUGCAACGAGCUAAUCGGCAAGCACGGCGCCGCCCUGCAGCGAUCCCUCAGCGAGCUCGAGGACCUGCGCACGGCCACUGACGGCACCGACAAACUCAAGACUGUCAACGAGCGUGCCACACUCUUCCGCAUCACCUCCAAUGCUAUGAUCAAUGCCUGUAGGGACUUCCUGGACGUAGCAGAGACACACAGCCGGAGGUGGCAGAGAGCCCUGCAGUAUGAGAGAGAACAGCGCCACCACCUGGAGGAGACUAUUGAACAGCUAGCCAAGCAGCACAACAGCCUGGAGAGGGCCUGGAGAGAGGCUCCCAGCACACACCCAGACGGAGGUGAGAGAACGCAGGAGGGUGACGCCAGUGAUGAGAAUGAAGACACAGAGUUCUUUGAUGCCAUGGAGGACUCCCCUGCCUUCAUCACAGUGACCGCCUCUGACCACACCCAGCACAGACGCUCCGGCAGUGACCAGAGUAUCAUGAGUGGAGGAUUACCCAAUAGUGAAUGGAGCCACAAUGAGAAUGACUCUGGCUCCAACAACGUCCAGCUGCGUAGAGUUAGACGGAGCCGCAUCCCAAACAAACCCAACUACUCCCUUAACCUGUGGAGCAUCAUGAAGAACUGCAUCGGCAAGGAGCUGUCCAAGAUCCCCAUGCCUGUAAACUUCAACGAGCCCCUGUCGAUGCUGCAGCGUCUAACUGAGGAUCUAGAGUACAGUGACCUGCUGGACCGGGCGGCUCGCUGCGAAUCGUCCCUGGAGCAGAUGUGCCUGGUGGCAGCCUUCUCUGUGUCCUCCUACUCCACCACCAUCCACCGCACUGCCAAGCCCUUCAACCCCCUGCUGGGGGAGACCUACGAGCUGGACCGGCUGGAUGACUUCGGCUACUGCUCCAUCUGCGAGCAGGUCAGUCACCACCCCCCAGCCGCCGCCCACCAUGUGAUGUCACAACGAGGCUGGACCCUGUGGCAGGAGAUCACUAUCGACAGCAAGUUCAGAGGGAAAUACAUCUCUGUAAUGCCAUUAGGCUGCAUCCACCUGCAGUUCCACUCCAGUGGGAAUCACUAUGUGUGGGGAAAAGUCACCUCCACGGUGCACAACAUCAUAGUGGGCAAACUGUGGAUUGACCAGUCUGGGGACAUUGAAAUAGUCAACCACAGGACCAAGGACACCUGCCACCUCAAGUUUGUCCCUUACAGUUAUUUCUCCAGAGACCUCUCACGCAAGGUGACAGGUGUGGUAGCAGAUAGCGAGGGCACGGCCCAUCACAUUAUGUCUGGUACCUGGGACGACAAGAUGGAGAGCGCCAAGAUAGUGGAGAGUAGCCGGGGAUGUGGAGGGUCAGAGGGCAAACAGAAGACCCUCUAUCAGACCCUCCAGCCCAAAGUGCUGUGGAAGAAAUACACUCUCCCGGAAAAUUCUGAGAACAUGCACUUCUUCUCCUCCCUGGCCCUGACACUGAACGAGCCUGAGGAGGGCGUGGCUCCGACUGACAGCCGCCUGAGGCCCGACCAACGGCUGAUGGAGGCGGGGCUUUGGGACGAGGCCAACGCCCACAAACAGCGUCUGGAGGAACGACAAAGGCUGGAGAGGAGGAAGAGGGAGGCACAAGCAACACAGGUCCUGGAAGAAGGCCAAGACAUUGAGGGCUUCCAGCCACUGUGGUUUGAGAGGAGGACAGAUGAUUCAACGGGGGAGAGCACUUACGUGUACAGGGGUGGAUACUGGGAGGCCAAAGACAAACAGGACUGGAGCCAAUGCCCUGAGAUCUUCUAAGGCUCCACCCCUGGGACAGUGACAUCACUGGAGGGCAGAGCUGAGGAACUGAUGGACAAGCAGAGGGAGGGGUCCACAUGCUGCAAACACAUUGACAUGUGGCCAACUCUUUGUCCAUGUGUGUGUAUUUGUGUGUGUUCCAGAAAGACGGAGCCCUCCAUGCCAAACUUCAAGAACAUUCUCUGUCCCAAUCACUGACAAGUGUGUUUCGCAAGCAUGGCCGUGUGUGUGUGUGUGUGUGUGUGUGUGUGUGUGUGUGUGUGUGUGUGUGUGUGUGUGUGUGUGUGUGUGUGUGUGUGCGUGGCGCAACAGAGUAAGUUAGAGAGACAACCUAUUUGAGAUAUUUUGAUUAAGAGUUACAAAAUAGAGCUAUUGCAUGGAAACCCAUAUUUAUUUGAGGUGGUAUGUCUAGUGGUGCCUGGUGCCCCAUUGAUCUGGUAAUAAGGUAAUAACUACCGUAAGUGUAUAAUAUUAUAGAAUAAUAUUGGGACAAUUGUAUGGAUAAGUAGGGGGGAAAGUGAAAGAGGUUGUGUUUUGGUUCUAGGAUGUCCUGUUCCAGUCUGAGCAACUAUCUCCAAUAUAUACCAAGGGUACAAAACAUUAGGAACACCUUCUUAAUAUUGAGUUGCACCACCUGCUGCCCUCAGAACAGCGUCAAUUCGUUGGGGCAUGGACUACAAUGUGUCAAGCGUUCCCGCAGGGAUGCUGGCUCAUGUUGACUCCAAUGCUUCCCACAGUUAAGUCAAGUUGGUUGGAUGUCCUUUGGGUGGUGGACCAUUCUUGAUACACACAGGAAACUGUUAAGCAUGAGAAACUCAGCAGCAUUGCAGUUCUUGACACACGCAAACCGGUGUGACUGGCACCUACUACCAUACCCUGUUCAAAGAUGCUUACAUAUUUUGUCUUGCACAAUCACCCUCUGAAUGGCACACAUACACAAACCGUGUCUCAAGGCUUGAAAAUCCUCCUUUAACCUGUCACCUCUCUUCCAGCUACACUGAUUUGAAGCAGAUUUUUUUUAGGUGACAGCAAUAAGGGAUCAAAUCUUUCACCUGGAUGCCGUGUCAUGGAAAGAGCAGGUGUUCCUAAUGUUUUGAAUACUUUACAUAUCUAUAUGUAACUAUGCAUAUCUAUAUGUAACAUUGUGCAGUGCCAGUGUUUCCUUCCGUUGCAACAGCUAGGCACUCCCCGGAUUUGUAACUUAACAGUGCAUUUCUGCAGUGCAUGAAAACACCCAUGUAGUGGACGCUGAUAUCACUGAAUACUUUUGAUCUGUACAGACCUCAUCUCAGAAACCAAGAACUAAAGUCUUUACCAGUUAUGUUACAUGCGUCUUUCCAGGAGCGAUUAGUUCAGACCAAAAACUGUAGGGGAAUUUUGAGUAUGUAAGAAGCUACCCACGAUUAUGAUCAUUCGUAAACAAUAUCGAUUGUGUUCUAAUGUCUUGAUUUCUCAUGUUGAUGAGGGUGCAUUAUGAACAGACAAAAUGUUAAAUCUUAACAAAUGAUUCCACCCUGUGCAAUGAAAUGUUUCAAUGUCUUAUAUAUUUUUUUAAAUAUUAAGAAAUCGUCUGAAUUAUACUAUAGGAUGUGUAAUGUCGAGUUGCACAGUGCAAAGGAAGUGUGUACUCCAAUUAUUACACAUCUUUGUGUUUGACUGCAGGCAUUUAAACAUGCACCAUCAAUGAACUCAGACCAGUGUUGUGGCACCACUUGUAGCUAAUGCAUGGUUUAAUGUGCUCAUGCACUGCUGCCUAGUAUUAAUUAGGCAUUAGCCUCAAUAGUCGUUUCUAGACUUCACUCACAGAAGAACAUCGUGUGAAUUCACCUCUUGUGCCCUAGGUCUUAGAAAAUUGACUUUUUUUUGCUUGAACAAACAAACUGUCUCAAUGUGGUCUUUGUAAACAUCCACAGUGUUAUCAUAGAUGGUCUAUAAUGUAGUAACCAGCUUUGGUGUCAUGCAGUUCUCAACUCAAGACAUGGAUGAAAAAUAAAUUAGACAAGUUGAAGACUCAAGCCAAGAGGAGAUAUCCCCUGGGACAGUCUGUCUGAUCUGGGCUAGCCGGUCUGAUGGGGCUGCACACUCCACAUUACUCGUUUGACGUUAUCUUGGCUCUAGCACACAUGUAUUCAAGGUACCACUCAAUAAAAGCAAUUCAAUCGAA